AUUUCCUUUUGAAGUAUAGCCGUCCAAUCAUCUUGGAGCAACCAGCUGAUCGCUUCUACCUCUGGAAACCCCGGAGUCUGACUCCACUGUUGUUAUCGGAGUGCCUUAUGCUUGACUUCCAUCAGGCUCCACAAAGGGCAACCAGGGAUUAGUGAGCCGUAAAAGGUGUAAUAUAUCGCGUACUGGCUAUCUAUUCCAGUAGAAUCUCUGGGUUCCGCAUUUCUUCUGCAGUGUCCACACAAAAAUCUCCUCGAAACAACAGUCGCAACACAGCAGGUAAUUAUUGGUUUAUAUCGAGGUGAAUAUGUCAAACCAACUCCAGUUGGAGGUUAAAACCUCAGGUACACUCCACCAACCUGAAAGUCACCAAGACAAGGUUGCAUCUGAUGAUUUCAAAAUGAAAGCAAUUUGGGAUGCGGAGAUAAAAAAUCCUAGUAGGAAACCACUUUUGUAUCGGGAGGCAGCAGCACUUUUGAUAUCUUGGGAUGAUGGUGUUGAUGAUCUGAAGACUGGAGAAGAGGUAAGUUCAAGCUAUUGUAGCCAGAGUCCUGACCUCUCUGCUAAUGUGCCAAGGUUGAUCGACUUCAAAGACUCCUUGAAGAUACUUUCAAUUACAAGACCGUCAAAGGGGUUCUUUAUGAAAAGACUCACCCAAGUCCUCAGAUUCAAAUCAAUCGACAUCUCGCUAAUUUCGUCGGAGAAUAUGAUAAACCAGAUACCUUGUUGAUUGUGUAUUAUGCAGGUCAUGGAAAACCUGGAGAGCCUGAAAAUGGGCUCACUUUCGUCGGGUGCGUGUUUAUUAGUUCAAUUCUCACAAGACAUAGACACUCACUAACAUCCAUUGCUCAGUCGUCAAGACCUCAACCCAAAACCCGACGCUUCAUCUCACGAAAUCAUCUGGGGCUCAACAGAACACAAUAUUAGACAUGCUACAAGUGAUAUACUCGUCAUAUUUGACUGCUGUCACGCAGCACAGCUAGAAAAGAAUGUUCGGUCAGCGAAACACCGAAGAGCCUACGAGGUUAGUCAAGUUUUUCAUAAGUCUCCCAUAUACAUCUUGAGAAACCCUUUGUGAGAGGAUUGAGAUAUCGCCUUAGGACAACGCGGUCCUUUUCCCUCCCGUAUCUACCUUAAACCGCAUAAGAAUGGUAUUGCUGAUUCAAAGCGCUUCCUACAGUACCUCGCAGCAACUUCUGCUGGAUCGACGACUAACAGGCCUGGUCCGACAUCUUUCACUACUGCAAUGAUCUGGGCUAUGAAAAGUUUGGUAGAGACCGGGGAAGGAUUUACUAUCCAAAGAUUGCUUCACACCAUCAUCAAUGAAGCACCAGAUUUCCCCGACGAUCAAUUCCCGCGACAAUCGGAAGGCGUGAGUUCCUGUUUACGAAAACUUACAUUGACUCCUUUAAAAGUCGAUACCAAGCACGAAAGUAUUUCCAACGAAGCACGAGACGAGGAAGGGCCAACAACAGAUCUCAGCCUACGAUUCGUCUUCAACUCUCCGUCAGUCAGUCCGACAUUGAUCAGCCACCUUGCGAAAGAAAUCUCAAACUGCCUCAGCAAUGACCAAUUGAAGGGUAGUAUGGUCGUGUGGGAAGGUCUGAAUACGCGCCCAGCUCAAUUCGAUGAAUCUCCAGUUUUGUUGAAUUACUAUGCCCAUCGAUGGCUGAAAAAAUCUCUCAAACGAAAAGGUCGCGCUCAAGUCUCAAACAUCACUGAGACCAAAAACGGCAAGCGUGAUAACUGCGAGUCCUCCAUGCCAGAGAGGAAACAUCUCAGUGCUACCGAUACGGCAAAGGGGAUCCUGACGCCUUACACUUCCGAAACAAGCCCACGAACCCCUGUCAGCGGUGCUGAAGAUCAUUCUGACGAUCCCAUAGAAUCGUGUUCUCCGAAAAGAAGGAAGUUCUCAUUCUGAUAGCACUUUUCAAGUUUAUCCCGUUCUUGUGGGUUCGGAUGUUAUGGUUUUCAUGUCUUGGGGCUAGGUUGGAGUUGACACUUGAAAGUGUAAUGAUAAUGGUUAUUAGAGUAUUGUUUUGUCUACUGUACAUAUUUUCUAAUGUUGCAGGCGCGGUGUAUAUUGCAGUACUAUACUCAGCAAGGACGAUAUACUUAACCCUCACUUAUAAAUAGCUUAAUGUAUAUUUCAAACGCUCUG